AUGAACUCUCUACUGGUCGGGGUCCUGCUCAGCACCCUACUGGGGUCUGCCCUGGGAACCCGCAUGCGGUGCUUCGAGUGCAAAGGAGAUUCCAGCAACUCCUGCAAAGAGACGGUGGCCACCUGCGGGGAGGGGGAGCACUGUGGCUUCCUGGAGCGCAAGCCCCAGCCUGGCCCCGGGCAGAACCAGCUGUCUGGAAACCCCUCAGUGACCUUGAUUCAUCACUAUCGAGCCUGUGUGGCGGCCCAUCAUUGCAAUCAAGUGGAAACGGAGUUGGUGGGAGACGUGACUUACACAACCCACAGGGAAUGCUGCGUCGGAGACCUGUGUAACAGCGCUGUGGCAAGCACCGUGGCCCCGCCAUGUGUCUUGGCUGCAGCAGCCGCCGCCCUGGCCUGGCUCUUGCCAGCACUGUGGAGAGACUAG